AUGACCUAUCCGCCUCCGCAAAGCACCCCAACGAAAGAUGUGCUCGAGGUGCUGCCGUUCGUCCAGCGAUGCUGCACGCGCGGGGAAAUCACGCUGACCGAAUACUAUCGCGAUUGGCCAGUGAUUCUGUGUUGCGAGAUGGCGAUGAAGGUCGGGCUGAAUUUGGUCUACAAGCUGACCACCUACGUGACGCCGGAGGGCCCUAAGAGGGCCUGCACGCUUUGGAUGACCGGCAUCAGUUUCCGGUUCAUCGGCUUCCACGACUAUGUGACCGCGACAAUUGAAUGCGACGUGGUACGAGAAGCGCUGCGUGGUCUCUACCUCAAUUUGAUUAGCGUCGGCGCGGUCCCGAAUGGGGUGGCUCGGCUUUGCUCUCGUUAUGACAUGUUGCGACCAGUGGUGUUGAUGUCGAUCCCCUGGUUUCAGCAUAUGCAGGCGAAAAUGGAAGAUCCGAUCUUUAUCGAGCUGAAAUAUGACAAUCCAGAGAAUGCGAUUGAAGAAGAGCGCAUCAUGCCGAAGCUAGCCGUUUUCAAGGGCUACAUGAAAAAGUGGUCUGAGCGUUUCUGGACGAAAAAGACGACGAUGCGCUGCCCUUCCUAUGCUGAUCUCUCACCUUUAAAAGCAAUGAACGUGCUCGUGCUCGCCAUCCCCAACGAUCAGUUCAAAGCCGUCUAUGACAAUUCCGGCUGGAAGCUUGGAAAACUGCUGUAUGCCGACAUGUAUCUCCCGGAUCCGGACGACCCGCAGUUGAAACGUACUCAGCUUCAUAAAGCGCUCGACACCCCUCCGGCGGCAGCGCCUCAUCCGUUGGUGGAUGGCAUCCCGGAAGAAGUCAUUGCAGAGAACAUCCCGCCAAUGCAGCUGCACGAUCACGUCGAUUUUAUCAACGGAGGACCGGUCGGCGGCGUGAAAGUGGCUCCGGAACCGCCGCGCAUCCAGAUGAGACGCGACCCGAAAGCCCUCGAGCGCUACGAUACACUUUACGUCGGGGCGGAGCGGCCGAAAGACUUCCAGGUCACGAUACGACAAGAGGAGAGGCGCGGUCUCUCCUACCUGGUGCACAACAUCUCGGACCGCGAGCUGGACCCGAAACGAGCCCGCGAAAAAGAAAUGGAAACUGUGAUGGAUAUCCUGCGACCAUCCGGCGUCCAUGCUAGCCAAGUGGAAAUUGUCGGUCGGGUGACGAUCGAGAGCUUCCGGGGUUACUACAAGUACCCUUCGCUUCACAUUCGUCUCCUGCCGGGGGCUCCACCCAUUGAUGCUCAGCAAAUCCAUCGCGCCCUCCAAAAUGACCGCCGUCACAGCAAGCGUGGUUUUGGCGUCUACACCAAGGCCAAUGAAGAAGACGCCGGAAAACAUGAUGAGCGCGAAAAGCGGAAGAAAGACGACCGAAGCCACAGGAGACGCAGCCGAAGCCGGAGUCGCAGCCGUACGAGAGACCGCAGCCGUGACCGCCGUCGCAACGGACGGGAAUUCGGGGAUCGUGGAAGGAAUGACCAUACUAGCGACUCCAUCGAGGUCAUCAUGGACAAGGGACCAACGGCGUUGCGAACGGUUCAACCGAAAUUCGUGCCCGACCGAGAAAUGUGCGCGCAUCGGAUCAAGAAGUUUGUGACGAAAAUUGCCGAGUCGGCCGAUUGCAAAUUGAUGCUCAGUCAUGCGAACGGCCCCCGAUCGGUCAGCUGCCAGGCCAAAAUGACCGAUAUCCCCUUCAUGUUCAUUGGCGCCUAUGGGGUUGCGGUGGAAAAGACUGCGGCUGAGAACCUUGCCCUUGUGAGCCUGAUGAGCAAGAUGAUCGAACUUGGCAUUUUGCCGGAAGUGUUCAUUGAAUUGAUCUCCAGUUGUGAUGAAUGGCUCGAGCCGGCGUUCCGGGCCACCACCGCCUGCAUGAACUACGUGAAAGCCGUGCUGAAAAGCCCCGUCUACGCGGGACUGCUCGCCGAAUUGGCCCAACUAGAACAGGCCGGCCAGUUCUUCCUGCCGCCCCAGAACCCGCACCAUGAGCAAUUAACACACAUCUUUGCCGACACGAUCCGCCGAUUUUCCGAGAACCACUGGGCGAAUACGAUCGUGAUCGCACCCGGAAAUGCACCGAUGCCAGAGAUGUCGACGCCGGUGAAAAUAUUCCACUACCAUUCCCCGGAAGCGCGCGCCAUCCGGGAAAAGGAGAAGCUGCUCAAGGAAAAGGAGGAGCGCCGCGAGAAGGAGGCGAAAAGAAAGGAGAAGAAACGGGAUAAGGAUCGCGACCGGAGGAGGCGCGUGGUGGCCAUCUCCGACGAUGAGCAAGAGCGCAGUUCCGCCAGCCCGCCGAUGGACGAGGAAGAGCUGGAGCGCGAGACGCUGCGCAAGAUCAACGAGCGCGAGGCCGAGCUCGAGCGCAAGAACAAGGAAAUGGAGCGCUGCCUGGAGCUGUACAAUCGAGGCCAAAUGACGAUGGACGAGGUGAUGGCACGGAUCAAGGAGGUGGACGACGACCUGGAGAAGCAACGGGACGAAGAGGAGCGGCGAAGGAAGAAGGACAAAAAGCGCGAUCGUGAGAAGAAAUCGGAUAAGCCGAGUUCUCGUCAUGCGGAAACGGCGAGGCCGAAAAAGAGCGCGGAAGACGCGUGCGGGCAGCGCAAAGAACAUCGCAACCCGUCGCCGCCACACGAAGAUGAGAAGCGCAAGCGGCACCGAUCCCGUUUCGACAUGUUGGAGGAGAUGCACACUGCGCCGUCGAGCGUCGCCCAAAUUAACCCGCCCGCCCAAAUCAACCCUGCCUACGUGCCGGCGCCCAGCAUUGUUCAGCCGGCUCUAGCUACAAAUCAAAUUCCGCCACAGUACGGCAUGAUGCAACAACAGCAACAAGGUCCCACCACGUCGUAUGCCGGCUACCAGGCUUAUCCGCCGGUGAUGCAGGCCCCGGCCGGAAUUCCCCAACACUUGCCGCGUCUCCCGACGCCGCCCCCGAUGCCCCCGCCCGGCUCGUCGGCCAAUCAGAUGAUGUACGGAAGAGACCCGAUCGCCGAGAUGGCCCAACACGAACAGCAGAAGUUGGCCGAGAAGAUGGCGCUGCUCAAGCGUUUGCACGACUUGGACAGGGAACUCGGCCAGCAGCCGCCAGCCUCCAGCAUGGCGCCAGUUCCCGUUGCUCAAAAUGCCUAUCCACAACAACAUCCUGUGAUGAACCAACCGGGCUACUUCCAGGCCAUUCCCGCCCAGCAGCAAUACGUUUCGCCGUGGCCGGCGGCGCCCACCGGCCCGGCCAAUAUUUCUAUCAUCGACUCGGACAGUUUUGCGACAGGGGACAAGAAGAAGAUCUACCGCGAAUCGUUGCCGGACUACGUCCCGGAUUGGUGCAUUCACUUGAUCAACGACCGCGAGGGCGUGACGGCGGGAUAUCUGAAGAAAAUUUGCUUAGCCGUCAAGGAUAAGGACGAGCUGCUGCGGCUGAUCAAGGAGCCAAAGACGUGCCACGUCCACGACAUCACCGCGAUGCCGUGCCCAUUCCACCGGCACGUCGGGCUCCACCACAAGAUGUGCGCAGGGUCGUUGCCGUGGUCGCGCCGCGUGAGGCUCGCCGACCUCAACGGCAUUUGCAUGGACAAGCGGGUUUGCAUCAAGGCUCACCAGGGCAACUGUCACAUCGACAUCCAAAAGUGCAUUAGUUGCCAGCAGCCGCACUACAUCGUCUGGUGCGUGCAGCGCGCCAAACAGCAGGGCCUCUACGACGUU